AUGUCGACCACCGUUCACGUCAAGGGCAUCUCUCACGAAACAAGCGAGAAGGAGGUCAAAGACUUCUUCAGCUUCUGCGGCAAAAUCACCAAUAUCUCAGUCACACCCGAGUCAGAAGCUGCAGAUGCACCAAAGUCGGCCACGGUGACCUUUGAGAAGGAAACUGCUGCAAAAACCGCUCUCCUGCUUGAUAACACCCAGCUCGGAAAGUCUCAAGUUCAUGUGUCUGCCGCGAGUACCCUCGAUGAUGUCGCCUCCAAGGCUGGCGCGGCCAUUUCGUCCUCUGUACCAGACGAUCAUAUCCCACAAGAAGACAAGCCUCGCACGAGAAUCGUUGCCGAAUACUUAGCUCAUGGCUACGCCCUAUCCGACAAUGUGAUCAAUAAGGCAAUUGCGGUGGAUAAGGAGCAUGGGUUCAGCUCUCGGUUCACUAGUGCCCUGUCCAACUUCGACCAGAAGUUCAAGGCAACAGACAAGGCCAAGUCUGUUGACACAAAGUACGGGGUCACUGAUAAGGCUCUGAGUGCAUGGGGAGGUCUCAAUACCUAUUUCGAAAAGGCCCUCAACACCCCUACUGGACAGAAAGUGCGAUCAUACUACGUGCAGGGCGACAAGCAAGUCAGAGAUGUGCACAAUGAAGCGAGACGACUGGCAGAUCUCAAGGCAGGCAAAACCAAUGAGCCCGAGGAAGUCCCGGGAACCGACAAGACCGUGUGCAAGUGUGGUGGUGCAGAAGGUGUCUGUGGUUGUGCUCCAGGACAUUGCAAUUGCGCCAAUUGCGCUAAGAGUGGCCAAGGCGAUAACCAGCCAGAACCAGUUCAAGGUACCGACAAAACUGUGUGCAAAUGCGGAGGCGCUGAAGGAAGCUGCCCGUGCCCAGCUGGCCAUUGUGCCUGCUCCAAUUGCGCCAAGGGGAGCGAGUCCGCUACCACCGAGGCGAAGGAGGCUGCUCAAGCAAGCGGGCAAAAAUUGCCGACAGGAAGCAUUUGA